AUGAAGUUAGCAAGGUAUAAGAAAGCCCAGAAAUAUUUGAAAUUCUACUACAACAACUAUGGCUUCCGCCAACCCUAUCAAGUCAUGAUGGAUGGAACAUUCUGUUUUGCCGCCUUCCAACAACACAUAAACAUACGUGACCAGCUCCCUAAGUACCUUGAUGGGAAUAUAAAAUUUUUAACUACAAGAUGUAUAAUAGUAGAAACUGAGAAAGUUGCAAAGAAGACACAAGGUGCCCUCGCUAUUAUAAAACAGUUUGGAAUCCAUGAAUGUGGUCAUAAAGAACCGAAAAGUGGUACUGAAUGUAUUUUAUCCAUGAUAGCUGAUGUUAACGAUAAGCAUUAUAUAGUUGCCACUCAGGAUCGUGAUUUGCAAGAACGAUUAAAACGCAUGCCUGGAGUACCACUUAUCUACCUACAUAAUAAGUCUCCGACAUUGUUGAAACCUUCAUCGGAAAGUUAUAGCAAAGCAUAUCAGCUGUAUUCAGGAGACUCCAGUAGAUUGAUAAGUGUAAGUCAAACUGAAGCAUUAGAAAAGAUGAAGAGGACUCUCGGUAUUGAAAGUACUCCAGAGGAAAAGAAAAUAGUAGCCAAAAAACCACAUAACCCAAAUCCUUUGUCAUGCAAGAAGAAAAAGAGAAAGAAUGAUGUUAAACAAAAUGUUAAAGAUGGAAAAGUUAGGAAACGAAAAAAGAAUAAACAACAAGUUGUAAUGAGGACCAAAUCCUAA